ACAAACCAAGUCAAGGGUGCUUGCUGUUCAACGGCGCGGUCCAUUGCGUUCAAACGAACCGUUGUUUUGGUCGGCAUCGGCAAAUCGGCAUUUAAUCCGCGAGCGUUAACACGCGAUACAGUACCAAAACCAAGCUACAAGACGGAGCGAACCAUUCGCGGCGAUAGUGUUUGAAGCUUUGUGGGUCAGUGACGUGUGAUCGAGCAUUUGUACGGCUUCCAGUAGGAGCUAGAAAUAUCGCAAAGUGAAAAAAAAAACCCAUCGCUUAUAAAUCAAAAACCCCCCCAAAGACGCAGCUUCCAGCUAGAGUUGUUUGUCGUCAGUGCGUUAGAGCGCGUCACGUUGCGCACAAAACAGCGCCGCGUUUGCGCCGGGAAGGGGGCGCCGAGUGGAAAAUGUAGAACAGCUCGGCGGGAGCAAACAAAAACGAAAAUUGAAACCGCGUGUGGAUAGUGACACAAACACACACGCGCAGUGCGAGUAAAAAGAACCCGACUGCUUGCGUGGUGGCGUUCAAAUACGACAAAUGACACAAAAUCAUGUUGUUCAUCGUCACGGGACGAAUAAUCUGCUAAUCGGUUGCUGAUGAAAAUCUGUCCACUUUUUUCGUGUUUGUUGAAAAGAGUGCUUCGACAGCGGCAUCCAUCGUUCGAUCAAAGGAAACAUUGUAUGUGGAUGGUUGCUGUAUUCGCUUUCCGUUCGUCUCAUUUUACUGAGUGCAAACAAAACAGCAAAAAUACAACGUACAAGUUCAUCGUGUUUAAUUGCAGACCAACAUAGUGGAAAUAAAAGCAAAAACCCUCGUGCGAAAGCGAAAUUGGAGAAAAUCCCCUGCGCGUCACGCUGUCAUUUGAUGGGUUUUAGUCAAAUUCGCAGUGUCGACCUCAGAAAAGCUAAAGCAACGCGAGUCAGCGAAUUAACACGUGCGUCCUAGAAGAGUGUGUGGCAGCGGUGUAAAGGUGCAACAGAUGUGCUUGCUAGUGUGUACAUGAAGGUUUUACUUUGUUACUUUUGCUUCACGUCCAUCUGUUUUGUAUUUGUGAUAGUUUGAGUGCAUCAAAUAUCCGAAAAAGAAAUGAGCUAAGCUGCUUCGCCCAGAAAAUCGAAAGAGUGCACUUCGAGAGUGGAAGCCUUGCGGCUGUGUUAAUCGAUCGUGAGCAUCUGAUGGUGCCUCGCUAGACGAAAAGUAAAAGGAAAAGUUAGACCGUACGGAGAUGGAAAAUGGUGUGCUAGUGCUUGAAAGGAAAAUUAAAUUUUCUAGCCUACUUUCAGUGUGAAAAGUACCAUCGUGCAGCCCAGUCCCAAAAACUAGGCAAAGCAUACUGCGCUUGGAAGAUAUCGCGCGUGUGACAGCCCAUAACUGUCAGCAAAUCAAAAGUGGUCCACUUCUGUCAUCUUUCUUGCCCGAAAAUAAAAAGUGUCAAGUGCUUUCUACUCCAAGAUUUCUUCCGACGGUUUUCCAUUGAGGCCGGUGUUGCAUUCCCCAAAAGUGAUGCUGUUAGUUUGCCUUUGCUUGAGAGUAUGAAAUGGUACACUUUCUCACGCAAGUUUGCUUUCAAUCGGUGCAUUAGUGCAAGGGCUUUUUGAAAUAGUGCCGUUUUUUGUGAAUAAGCUUACUUGGUGUGUGUACAUAGUCUAUUGGUUAUCCCCGGUCCCUUGUUUAGUGAAACGUGUUGUGGAGUAGUUAAAAGGGCAAAAAAAGCUUCUGCCAUUAAAUAGCACCGUGUGUAAGCAUUGUGUCUGUGUGUUCGGGUGUGCGAGUUUCAAACGCUUACAACUAGUGACCAGUGUGACGAGUGUCAAUUGAUCAAUUACCAAGGGCGCAAGGGGGCUGAUAGUCCACACAGUGUACACUGACAAUGUUUUGACGAUCAUUGAACCGUUUAGAAAAAAAAACGCUCCAAACACACCAGGUAACAACUGUUUCCGUCGAAUGUGAACACAAGAAGCGUAGUAGCCGAACAGCGAAUCACCUGUAAGCCGGCCAUUCCAACAUGGCGCAGUUUAAAGACAACUCGUGGGUGAUGAUUUCACGCUCGGAAUCGAUGCUGAAUCUGCUGCCGAUCAGCGUUGCAACGAAGCACUUUCACAGGAGCGCCAGCGAACCGAAUGCAGGGCAGAAGGGACAAAAUGGCUUCGAGGAAGUGCGCCGCUUCGUCAAGCAGGGCGGUGACUUUGGUAAGGAUCUGGUAGCAAUCCUGCACGAGCGCACCGAGAUCGAGCAGCUGUACGCCAAAUCCCUGUCCAAGAUUGCCAACAAGCUGAACAAAGCGUGUCGCGACCUGCCCGGCACGAUAGCCGAAUCUUGGCGCUCCGUUUCGACCGAGCUGGAGGGGCGCAGUGAAGUGCACCGGCAGUUCUCCAACUCGCUGGCGGAGGAGGUGGUUAAACCGCUGAAGACAGUGAUCGAAAAUCAGCACAAAGCGCGCAAAACGAUCGAAACCAACGUGGACAAAUCGGCCCGCAUACUGGCGGAGUGGCGGACGGCUGAGAUAAAGGCGAAGAAGAACUCACACGGCGCGGCGCGCGAAAAUGAGAAGCUGCAGGACGCUAUGCUCGAUGUGAAGCUUCAGCGAACUCCCUCAAUCGGACUGCUCCACAAGACAAGCGAGAAGGACGUGAAAGUGUCAGAGAAAGACAGCAGCAAGCUGGAGGGAAAGCGAAAGAAGGCCGAGGAGGCGGUCAAGAAGGCGGAUGUAGAAUAUUACACGCUCUGCAUCCGGGCGGAAAGGGCGCGUGUCGACUGGGAGAUGUCGGUGCUGCGGGGCUCCUCCAUGCUGCAAACGCUCGAAAGCCAACGGUUGGCCCAGUUCAAGACGUACGUCACUGAUUACCUCAAGCUGUCGGCCGAGAUGAGCCCGCUGCUGACGAAAACGAUCGACCGGCUCAGCCCGCAGGUCGCCAUGUGUAGCGUGGCCAAGGAUCUGGACGUGCUGAAGAACAUCCGGCGGGCGACGGAAGGACCGAGUGAGCAGCUGCUGCCCGACUUCUACUGUGAACACACGACCCUCGCCAUGAACCGGGAGCGACGAAAACAGUCGCUGGUGAAGCUGCUCCAGCUGAUCCGGCAAGAUUUGGACCGGGAGCGACGCUCGCGCAAUGGGCUGAAGGGUUUCUCCCAGACGCUGGACAAGAACGGUGAAAGCAAUCAGAACAUUGCCGACAAGCUCUAUCACAUUCGAUCGAUGCUCACAUAUCUAGAAGGUGCGCGAUAUAAACUACAGUCAGCUCUUCUCGAACUCGAUCACAAGCCACGUUCCAGCCAUCCCUUAGCACAGCACAUACAGAUCACGCGAGAUCGCACCGGCCUGCAAACAAGCGUACUGAAGGUUCCGUUAUGGCUAAAGCACGAACAGGACGACCAAGAGGGUACGCAAGAGCCUGUAACAGCCAACGGCCAAACGACAAUUCUCAGUUCCGACGACAGCUCUGAUCAGGGAUGUUUGGACAUUAAAAACGAUACGCUCAUCAAACACAUCGUGCACAAGUACGCACGGAAUGGAUGCAACGGGGACGAAGGACAAUAUACAACAACUAAGGCUAGCAAAUCGGUACAUCAGGACGACCAUCAUCACGGUCCGGCCUGGGAUCGAGGCGUUGCCGAUGGAGUCUCCAACCAACCCGACUCCGAUUUUGAUGAGUUCUCCUCCCAAGACGAAGACGAAGAUCGUUGCUCGGUGGCACCGAAACAGAUGCUCGAAAACGGUUGCCAUCCGGCACUGGCGAACGGGGCGAGCCCAGCGUCCGUUGACCAUCCGGACGCUGUUGCCGGCCAGCCGGUCAUAUUGGGCCGCUGCCGAGCCUUAUUUAACUACACACCAAAGCUUUACGAUGAGCUGGAGCUGCAGCCGGGCGAUAUUCUCGAAGUGCACAUCAAGCAGGAGGACGGCUGGUGGCUCGGAGCGCUUCGCGGCCAGAUUGGCAUCUUUCCGGCAACGUACGUGGAGGAGAUACCGUAGCGACAUGCAGGCUGGUGCGGUGUAAAUAGCUCGUGUUGUAUUUGUAAAAGUGAAGCAGAAAAGCAGAGAACGCAAUACGCAUUAUUGAUUUUAACGAAGGCAGCGCAGUAUGUGUACCAUAGAGAAAGAAUAGCUAAUGUAGUACUAUCGAAAGCAAUCUCUCCUACUAGGAAUAUGGUUUAAGGGCGCAACCUGGUAACAGACUGGAGUGAGUAAAAUAUCUAUCGAAGUGCGUGAAUGGAUCGAAUGUACAUAAGCGCAGGUUGUGGAUAGAAUGUUACGAGAUAUGACGAAAAGCAAAGAAAACUAUCAAACGCACACGGUUUCGCGAAGUAAACGAUAGGAUGUUGAGAGGAAUAAAGUGAGUAAAAGAUUUAUAUUUAAAA